ACACCCGCGCACGUGCGCCGCCUGCGCGGCCGAGCUCGGCGCGAUCGCGCGCGGGGCAGCCUCGGGCCGUCGGGGCGCGGCGGGCCGGCUCCCAUGGCGGCGGCCGGGUUGCAGGGGGGCUAGCGCCGUGCGCCGCCAUGGCCGGGGCCCUGGCCUCCCGCAUGAGCUUCAGCUCGCUCAAGAGGAAGCAGCCCAAGACCUUCACGGUGCGCAUCGCCACCAUGGACGCCGAGAUGGAGUUCAGCUGCGAGAUGAAGUGGAAAGGCAAGGACCUGUUUGACCUGGUGUGCCGCACCCUGGGGCUCCGGGAGACCUGGUUCUUCGGGCUGCAGUACACCAUCAAGGACACCGUGGCCUGGCUCAAGAUGGACAAGAAGGUGCUGGAUCAUGACGUCUCCAAGGAAGAGCCGGUCACCUUCCACUUCCUGGCCAAGUUUUACCCCGAGAACGCGGAGGAGGAGCUGGUGCAGGAGGUCACGCAGCACCUGCUCUUUCUGCAGGUGAAGAAGCAAAUCCUGGAGGAAAAGAUCUACUGCCCUCCUGAGGCGUCCGUGCUCCUGGCUUCUUAUGCCGUGCAGGCCAAGGUAGGCUGGUACGGUGACUACGACCCUUCUAUGCACAAGCGGGGAUUUCUGGCCCAAGAAGAACUGCUUCCCAAGAGGGUAGUCAAUCUGUACCAGAUGACCCCGGAGAUGUGGGAGGAGAGGAUCACAGCCUGGUAUGCGGAGCACCGGGGCCGCGCCAGGGACGAGGCAGAGAUGGAGUACCUGAAGAUCGCGCAGGACCUGGAGAUGUAUGGCGUCAACUACUUUGCCAUCCGGAACAAGAAGGGCACGGAGCUGCUGCUCGGGGUGGACGCGCUGGGCCUGCACAUCUACGACCCCGACAACAGGCUGACCCCCAAGAUCUCGUUCCCGUGGAACGAGAUCCGAAACAUCUCCUACAGCGACAAGGAGUUCACUAUUAAACCACUGGAUAAGAAAAUCGAUGUCUUCAAAUUUAAUUCCUCAAAGCUCCGUGUAAAUAAACUGAUCCUCCAGCUGUGUAUUGGGAACCACGACCUUUUCAUGCGGAGGAGGAAGGCCGACUCCCUGGAGGUCCAGCAGAUGAAAGCCCAGGCCAGGGAGGAGAAGGCUCGGAAACAGAUGGAGCGGCAGCGUCUGGCGCGGGAGAAGCAGAUGCGGGAGGAGGCAGAGCGCACGCGAGACGAGCUGGAGCGGAGGCUGCUGCAGAUGAAGGAGGAGGCCACGAUGGCCAACGAGGCACUGAUGCGGUCGGAGGAGACGGCCGACCUGCUGGCAGAGAAGGCCCAGAUCACGGAGGAGGAGGCCAAGCUCCUGGCGCAGAAGGCGGCGGAGGCCGAGCAGGAGAUGCAGCGCAUCAAGGCCACGGCCAUCCGCACGGAGGAGGAGAAGCGCCUGAUGGAGCAGAAGGUGCUGGAGGCCGAGGUGCUGGCCCUGAAGAUGGCGGAGGAGUCCGAGAGGAGGGCGAAGGAGGCAGAUCAGCUGAAGCAGGACCUGCAGGAAGCCCGAGAAGCAGAGCGGAGGGCCAAGCAGAAGCUUCUGGAAAUCACCACCAAGCCCACGUACCCGCCCAUGAACCCCAUCCCAGCCCCGCUACCUCCCGACAUCCCCAGCUUCGGCCUCCUGGGCGACAGCCUGUCCUUCGACUUCAAGGACACAGACAUGAAGCGGCUGUCCAUGGAGAUUGAGAAAGAGAAGGUGGAGUACAUGGAGAAGAGCAAACACCUGCAGGAGCAGCUCAACGAGCUCAAGACGGAGAUUGAGGCGCUGAAGCUCAAGGAGCGGGAGACGGCGCUGGACGCCCUACACGAAAGCGCCGAGCGGGCCGGUCCCGGCAGCAAGCACAACACUGUCAAGAAGGUGCAGGCCCGGGGCCGGGAGCGAGGGGACCACCGGGUGGGCCCCUUGCCCUGGACGUUCCCGGACGAGGACCCCGUUUCCGACCCCCACCCUCCGGCCUGGGCCUGCCCGCCUCUGGGCGACAGAGCUCUCACUCUGCAGAGCGCCAGGUCCAGAGUGGCCUUCUUCGAAGAGCUAUAGCGGGCCACCCGCCACCCCACGAUGCGCCUCCCCUGUGGGGCACGCUGCGGGAGCCACUCGAUCGGGGCCUGCAGAGGGCACUCCUGGAGCCCCGGAAACCUCCAUCUGAGUGGGGCCCCUGGCCAGCCAGCAGAAGGUCCCCCAGGCACGGGGCCUCCCACCCCGUGACCAUCUGUACAAUCCUUCCGAAGCCUCCAACCCUCCUCCGCCUUCCUUUGUGGAAGCUACCCAGGGGUGCCAUCUCUGCCCGGUGCUGACCACGCAGCCCAGCAAGGCGGUGAGCGACCCCCUUGGAGACUGGGCGACACCCCGGCCUUCCAGAACGUUCAUCUCCGCUGGCCUGCAGGGAGGACGCCUGACUCCCUUAGACCGUGUCUGGAGCAGUCUGCCAGCUGUCUCACCAAGUUUGCCUGCACCCUGGGCUGCAUUCCCGCCGCACCCACAAAGACCCAGGGCACACCAGUGGUGAAGGCUGGCCGCCACCCCACCACCCUGCCCGGGUCUGAGAGGGAGACAGUGUCUCCCCUUCCCCUCCGGCUUCACCUGAGGAGGGGGGGAUGGGGGGGGCUGUGGUCACACUCUAGCCAGCACCUUACAGCCCAGCCGUGACUGGCCGGCACAACUGCUCCUGGGGCUCCUGGGACUCUCGGCGGACACCGUGCCCAGGGGGCUGUCUGAUCUAGACUGCCUCUCCUCCUGUCAGGUGCCGGCAAGCCCCCAGCACUGUCCCCCCCGGGCCUCAGUGUGCCCUGGUGGGCUUCUGGGAGAAGACCGCAGCAGAUCCCUGUUGCUUUGAGACUCUCGCCCCCUCCAGAGACGCAGCCAGGCCUCUGUGCCCAGGGUGUGCUGGGCCAGCCGCCCCUUAUCCAGCCCCCGUCACAGCGGCACCACAGAGGCUCUAAGCUUGGCUGCCCAUGGCUUCCAGAGUUCCGUGUGUGUGUCCCCUGCCCGCCGCCCAGCCCAGCCUUCUGAGAGCAGCUCCCUUUCUCCACCUUCACCGGCCUGCAGCGCAGGGCCUACUUAGUAAACACCACAGGGCUGGAGUAAAUCGGCCUUGAACCGUGGUGCACCUGGGGUGUGGGGAGGGCCAGGCCGGUGGCCCCAGAAGAGCCUCGUGGGGCCUACAGGCAGAAACCGUGAUAGGCAGACCAUGGAGACCACUGCCCGCCCUCCUUGUCCUUCAGUCAUGCUGCCCACCCACCAGUGCGCCGACCUGCCUUGGCUGCUGCUCACCUGUGACCUCACGUAACACUCUGGGACUGUGCCUUGUCACCGCUCAGUGGGGCCUGGCGCCCUGGGAAGGGGUCUCCUGUGAAGGCCUAGCUGGGGCGUGGCAUGGGGUGGACAGCUGUGUAAUUAAACGGUUGUUUUAAUAAAGUCUAAGUUGCAAGCA